AUGGGCAAAGACGCAGCCCCGGCCGGGUCCACCGUCGUCUACAAGUUUUGCGUCGACUUUUUGGCGGGCGGAGCCUCGGCGGCGCUUGCUAGGACGAUCGUCGCGCCCAUUGACCGCGUCAAAAUUUUGUUACAGCUUCAAGAUGCCCAGCAGACGAUCAGCGCCGAUAAGCGGUACAAAGGAAUCGUCGACUGCUUCACGCGAGUCUGCAAAGAACAGGGCCCGAUCACCCUGUGGCGCGGCAAUGGCAUCAACGUGAUGCGCAUCUUCCCGCAGCAAGCCCUCAACUUUGCCUUCAAGGACACCUACAAGAAGUUCUUCCUCGCCGGUGUCGACAAGGACAAGCAAUUCUGGCGUUUCUUCGCCGGGAAUUUGGCUUCUGGUGGUGCGGCGGGAGCGACAAGUCUGGUCGUCAUCUACCCGCUCGAUUUUGCUAGGACUCGACUCGCUACCGAUAUUGGCAAGGGCGCGGCAGACCGCGAAUUCGCCGGCUUUAUCGAUUGCACGAAGAAGAUUAUCAAGAGUGACGGCAUCGUCGGGCUCUAUCGCGGCUUCAACUCCUCCAUCCAGGGCAUCAUCAUCUACAGAGCCAGCUAUUUCGGCCUGUUCGACACCAUCACGCAGACGGUUGUUGACGAUAGGAAGAAGCUCAACUUUUUCGCCGCCUGGAUCAUUGGCCAGUUCACCGUCGUCACUUCCGGGCUGAUCUGCUACCCGUGGGACACGGUUCGGCGCCGGAUGAUGAUGAACAGCGGCCGGGAGGCGGCGCUUUACAAGAAUACGUUAGAUUGCUGGAAGACGAUCUAUUUGAAGGAAGGCGGCAUCAAGUCGUUCUACAAGGGCGCCCUCUCCAACGUGUUCCGCGGCAUGGGCUCGGCCCUCGUCCUCGCCUUCUACUCGGAAAUCACCAAAUACGUC